UAGGAAAGCUCCUAAGUUAUUGGGGAUUUGGGUUUAGACUUCACGAGGACUGUAGAUUGUUUCUUUUCAUGUCAUGCUAUAUUUCAGCAGAUAACCUUCAGUUUCUGCUGCUGACAUAAUAAAAUGCUUUAUGAAAUGAGGAAGAUCCCCAAGUCCAAUGCAUGGAACCUACAUAUCUCAGCCAUCUUCUGCUUAUCUCUGCUUCACAGCUGCAUCCCCACAGCACAAACUGUUAACUGUCCAGAACCAAAUGUUUCCAAUCUGAGAACAUUAUCAGGAUUUCAUGGUCCAUACACCCCCAAUUAUGUUGUAAUGCUUGAGUGUGAACAAGGCUACUCACUUGAAGGAUCCAGCACAUUAGCGUGCAAUUCUAAUGGUCAGUGGGAACCACCCUUACCUCAAUGUUUGCAAAUACUUUGCCCAAAGCCAGAGAUAACAAAUGGGAGCGCUAAACUUGAGCAUGGGAUAUAUAUUGACACCCCCAAGAAAUCUGGCUAUCUAUCCAAUGCAAGCUUAGCCAUUGUGUGUAACCCAGGAUAUGUUGUUAAUGGAAGCAAAUGGAUAACAUGCUUAUCUAACAGUGAAUGGUCUUCUUCGUUACCCACAUGUGUGCCACGUGUUAGUUGUCCUGAACCUAAUGUGUUUAAUGGAGAAAUCAAAGAAAGAACACCAUUAUACUUCCAGGAUGGAAUAGAAAGAGGGUACAGAGUGAUGGAAGCUGUGAAAGUGAAGUGCAGUUUUUUGUACAGUAUAAAAGGAGAAAGUACUAUAGUUUGUGGCCCUGACUUGAAAUGGCAUCCCCGAGUUCCCAUCUGCCAGAGUCUGAAGGACUGUCCUUAUCCAGAUAUUGAAAAUGGAAGAAUAGUUCUUAAAAAUCGAAAGGAGUAUAUUCCUGAAAUAGUCGGUCACUCCUUCACCUGGAAGGAUACUGUCAAAGUACAGUGUGAUCCUGGUUUUGCUAUGCAUGGAAGUGACAGAAGCAUCUGUAAAUUUUCUUGGAAAUUGCAUUGGUCACCAAAGCUUCCUGUGUGUGUACCUGAUUGGUGGUAAAAUGGUUGCAUGAAAAGUCAAAAUACCCCAAGUUUGCGACGCUCAUACCUUACACCACAGAGACUGGCUAAGCUGCGAUGUAGAAGUUAACGGCUGUCCUGCUACAAACCUGGUUUCAAGGUUUGCUAUUGCUUCAGCAUGUUCCAUGAAGGAUCAGCUCUUACCAUUAAACCCGCUUGUGAGUACAGUGUUGGCGACUUCUGUGGGCGGCAGCCAAGUUUGGGAAGUUCCCCCUCUGCUUCGUGGUGCUGGCCUGGUUGUGAAAGCGGCAUAUGCGUGUGCUGAAGAUAGUCUGUGCUGGGGAUUCUGCGUUUUGUCUUUCGCUGGUUCUGGAGAUCAGCUGUUCCAGGGAGAGAGACAAUCUCUGAGUUCUACGAUGUCUCUGACCUAUUUUGAAGCAGGCUAAUUUGGACAAUCAGAAUGGAACUAUAUCAGGUCUCUUCACAACUGACUUUUAUAUAGAGGCUUGGAUGAUAUAUUAUUAUUUAGACUUUUAUUCUCCUUUUGCUUUAGAGUUUAGCUUCCUUUUGCCUACUACCUACACUAUUGCCCACAUAAACAGAAAGCUGGAGUGAGACAAUGUAGACUGUAUUAUUUAGAAACCUCUUAGUCCUUUGCGGGCUUGCGGAUAUGGAUUAACCCUAUAUUCUUAGCAUUUCACCAACAGUGGGAACACUUGCUUCAGUAAUAUAUUGGGUUCAUUUUCUAUGAUUGGGUUAGUUGUUAACAAUCGUUACUUGUUUUUUUUUUUAUAUAGCCAAAUAUUACUUUAGAUUAGUAGGCUACAAUGGUGACCCUUUAUUCAAUUUGUAUACUAUGCCAUGUUAAAGGGGAACUUGAGGGAUAUAGGGCUUAGAUGCUUUCAUAUCUGUUAGACCUAUAUUAGUUGAGCUAUUUGCAUAACUACAAGCCACGCAUAAUGGAGCUUUAAAUUUAAUAUCUCUUUAUGUGAGAUACAAUUGCCCUAUUCUGCACACUGGAGGGGAGUCUUGGUUUGUUUACAACUCAUAUACAACUAAAUUAUGCGCUUUUACAGUUUACUCUACUAUAUUACUUUGUCUCUUCCAAGAUUCUCAGUCCUGUAAAGUAAUUCUAUAGGCAGCUGAAAGUGGAAUCUGCACAAAGUCUAUUUAUGCUUACCUACCUACAUUAUUGAGCUAUAGAUAAAUGCAUGGUUGCCUUUCUUAUAGUUUUACAUGAGAUUGUGGCUUUGGGUUCUUGAUAUUCCUAUUUUAAAGAUGUAAGUUUGUCUGCUAUAACAUAGUUUGUUGGAUAGUUGACCUGAUAUAACUCAUAUACUCAUUUAUAUUGUUGGAGCUUUACUGCCAGAUUUUACUAUAGCAGUCCUGGUAUUUAUUUAAUUUGUUUGAUAAGCAUCCCUAUUCGUGUAAAGCUUUAUUGGUUAAAAAUAUGCUGUUGAUAUGAUAUCUCCUGCUACAUUAUAUAGCUCUACUAGGUCAGCAGCCACAUGUACUUCCACAUAACUAUAGAUAACCCUAUCAUGUGUCCAUAAGAUUGGAUAUGCUAGGGACAAAGAAUAGCUUAUGGUUAGGACCUAUCUAAUCUUUAAUUUGAUGGAUUCUUUCACUGCCGUUGGGUAUAGGGCCCAUGCCCAAUUGCUGGAUCACAGUAUAAUCUCCCUUUAUUAGGGUGUUAGUAUAGUUAGAGUUAGGUUCUUAACUAAAAAUGGAAUUGGCCUGACUUUAUUUGUAACAGGACUGCAGAUUUUAUAUUUUAACAGUUAGAGCUCUAUAGUACUUUAGUUAACAGCACAUAUAUAACGUUUUUCUUAUCCAUAAUUGGUAGCUACCUCAACAGCUUUCAACUGUUACACAAUAACAAAAUCAUAGCUAUUUAUUUGGGACAAUAGAUUAUGGGUAACUUUAGGUUGGCAGCUUCACAAUUUGCUGGCAUUGUGCAGUGUAUAGCAAGACAAAACAUCUAUUUUAGUUUAUAUCAGGAGCCAUAUAGGGAACCUUGGUCGAAUCUUACUACGCCAUAGGACUGAUCUCCGCCCCCCCAUUCCCUUUUUCCUUCCCCACUUUCUUUUUGGGGUGCCCUGACACUGUGGAACGGUGUUAGGUGUCCCCUUGAGUGGUUUUCCUUGUAGUAUACCGCAAUCUGGAAUUACCCUUCCCUUCUAUGUUUUAUUUCAUACCCUUUUCUAGGAAGCCCUGCUAUGUUUAGGUCCACAUUUGAUAGUCCCUUUGUACUGUGGGCUUUAGUUGGAUGUUUAUGUUAUAUAUCAUUCUGGGCUAAUAAUAUGUUAAUUAUCUCUUAGAUAUCUUUUUCUGGGAGGUCCUGAUGUGUUUACAUUUAUAUUUGACAUUUUUUUGUUUUGUUUUUUGCUACGGGCCUCAAUUUGAGAUUUGAUAUUUGAUAUUUAUGCUUUCUAUCAUACUGGGUUAAUUUAUGUUAUAAAGCAAGAAAAAAUGUAAAAUUGAGAGGUUAAGACUCCUUAGUAUGUAUUCCAAUUGUUUUGUGAUGUUGCAGGUAUAUUUAACAAUAUGUAUAAUUUGUUUGUUGUACUCUGUAUUCAUGCAU